AUGGCACGCAAAUUAGUGACCGUUCGCGAUAUCGCCAACCUCCGGCCAAUCCCUGGUUCACCUCGCUUCCAAAUUGCGGAAGUCGACGGCUGGACCUGCGCAGUGAAGAGCGAAGAGUUUAGGGUCGGCGAAACCGUUCUUUUCUUCGAGAUCGACUCAUUUCUCCCGUCCCCCGAAGUCGACAGCCGAUAUGGGCGAGAGCAUAAUCCUCUCCAUAACGUCGUUGUAAAUUGGCAAGGAUCGAAAGGCAUCCACGUGAGGUCGAUGAUGGUCAACCACAGCCGGGAAAUAUCACAAGGCGUAAUUCUUAAAGUCAACGCGUUUCCCGAGUUUGAGAGCAUUUAUUCGGAGUUGGUAUUCAAGCUAGGUGCCCACGACGGCAAUAUGGCUUGGAUGAAUAUGUGCUUCGCAGAGACGCUCGGAGUUAAGAAGUGGGAGUUGCCUCAAGGUCUAACGGGUCAAUCCUUGGGGUCGCUCCCAGCGUUUUUUCCUAAGACGGACCUCGAGCGCGUACAAAACGUGAAGACCCUCUUCACGGAUAAGUACGCUAAUGCGGUCUUCCAAGAGUCCGUCAAGAUGGACGGAUCUUCGAUGUCGGUAUACUACGUGAGGAACAACUCACAGUUUUAUAAGUCCCUCCCUGUUCUACCCGCAAAUACCAAAGCGGAACUAGAACACGGCCGGGUCGGCGUAUGCACUAAGAACUUGGACUUAAACGAAUUCGGCGGCAGCGAAUUCUGGAAGAUCGCGUUAAAGUACAAACUCCCACAAAAACUCGAAAACGUGGGUCUAAAUAUAGCUAUUCAAGGCGAACUCGUCGGCUGGAAGAUCAACAAAAACCGACACCAAUUCAAGGAAGGGGAAUACGAGUUUUACGUAUACUCUAUGUUCAACAUCGACAACCAGAAAUAUAUCCACCCAGACGUGACGGUGGCACGGGCACAACAACUCGGACUUAAACACGUACCUAUCCUUGGAAAAGUGCGAAUUCAUGAGAUCGCAAAGAACCAAAGCGAUCUUCUUAAGCGAGCCGAGGGAACGGAUAAUAAUGGGCUGAAGAGAGAGGGGUUGGUAUAUAAGAACCUCGAGGAUAGCCGCUCGUUUAAGGUCAUCGCUAAUAACUACUUGCUUACUCACGGCGAGUAG